GAUUUCGGUGAUGAUCAAAAUAAUGAAGACGAUAUGGAGGCUAUUAAGGACGAUUCAGAUGCAGACGACGUAGGCUUCUCCUCAUUCAAUGCUAGUAAGAUGGGCGAUAAAUGGAAAAAGGACCGGCCCGCAGGUGGAGCAAGGGCUCAUCGAGUGACUGGGAUGGAUAAGCGAUCUGGAGCUUCUGAACAGGAGGCUGCUGCCAUUCGAACUGACGAUGAUGAUUUCUGA